UGCAACUAACGAAGGUGUCACUUCUGGCACAGCAUCUGACUCAAUCAAGAUGAAGGACAAAGUCUCUGAGCCCAAGCUUUCUGCCUGGACCACGGAUCAUGUGAAGCCAUCGAAGAUUCCUCUUGCUCAUCCUUUGAAGAUGCAGUUCCCGGUCCCAGCACCAAAGAUCUUAAACUGGACGACCGAGCCUCUGGAGAUCGAGCACUCGAAGUGUUCACCAGUACUAAUCUCUGCACAACCUGUCAAGUUUCAGGAACCUGAGCCUCCAAAGAUCACCCCCAGUAGCAGCGUAGAGGUAGAAACCCUGAAGAAAAUCCUCCAGGAUUCAGGAGCACAUGGACAUCCAACUGCUCCGACUGAGAAGACUAUUGGUCGAAGAUCUGAAGACCAGGCUUGGCUACCUGCUACUGAUGGAGGAGACUUUCCAAAGCCUGCUAAAAAGACCCGGAAGGAGCCAUCUUCUAGGAGGUUCGCCAAACCGACCAACCCGGCAUUAAUCCCUGACACCAUUCCUUCUGAUGAGCCUCAAAAGAUUAUGGAUCCUAAGACCAGGAAGAAGCGCCUGAGAAAGUUUCUCAAGCUUGCCAGAAAACUCAAGCCUAAGAACAAUCCUGCUAAUGCUGACUAGAAACAAACACAUCGCUUCAACUAAGAUAUAAACAACCGGAUACUUUUGGACCAUAAACAAACCUUCACUUCAACUAUGAUUGUCAUUUAAAAACUUACAAACAACCCGGAUACUUUUAGAUCUUAAACAAACCU